AUGCUUCAGACGAUGCGUCCUCGCCACUGUGAAGAUCCACCGUCGGAUCUAGAUCCAGUGAAGACGGCCUCUCCUCCGCCGGCUCAACUCUCUCGGUCUUCGUCGAGGGCGGUUCCUUCCUUUGCGGUUUUGCUUGAGAGCUCGCUAGUCUUGCCGAGGAUCCAUUCCGGAUCCGCUUCUUUUACAUCUCCUUUCAUCAUGAUCCUCAUCGACUAUUCCUCCACCAUAUCUCUAAGCUUUGCCCAUACGAAGCUUCAUGUCCUACUCCUCGCCGGCGAAGGGACACCGGGAUCUUGGAUUCCCGGUACGGUCAAUUUGCAUAUCUUGUUCCGGCGUUGUAAAAAGGUUAUCGCGUUAUCGUCGAUCUGCACCUCUCUCCGAGCUUCAUCGUUUCUAUUUUGGGUGUGGCCCAUAUUGACCAUCGUGGGUCUCCUCUACUCAUCUCUGCUUCUGCUCGGCUCAGUCUCUCAUUCUCAUAAUCUGCUGAAUUCAGUUAGCGCCGGAAGCUCUUGUGCCAGGAUAAUUUCAUCUUCCAUUUUUUUGGUAAUGUUUAUUAUCUCAAAUUCCUCUACUGGCAUGGAGAGAUCUAUUCAAUCUUCCUCCUCCUUAGGGGAGAGAAAUUUUCCACACCUUCCCUUCUCUAUGAGAAGUGGUUUAUUCUCGAUUCCAAAAUCGAUGAACUUUUACAACAUCCUCACCGUAUUGUCAUCUUGUGGAACGACCUGCACGGGGUCUCAAGAUGUAACCGGAUUCGUUUCACGAAAUUCGGAGGUAGGAGCUGUUCUUUAA